AUACGGCAAACGGCAACCUGCUUCUCAGAAAUUCAGCAACAUUUGGCCAGGAAGGAGAGAACAGAACCCAACACACAAGAUGAAGUACUUUGCUUUGAUAUCCAUCCUCGUCCUGGUGCUGGCUUCCAUGUGUCUGGCUCCGGCGGCGGCCAGCUUUUGUCCGUGCGACCUCAAGACGGUGAAGACGGAGGUGUGCGGCUCCAACGGGGUCACCUACAAGAAUCGCUGCGAGUUCGAGUGCACACAACGCGACUACAAGAAGCUGGGCCGCAACUUGAAUAUCAGGAAGGAGGGGCCUUGUUAGUGGAGAAUCCAAAGAGAUGCUCUCUCUAGAGCGAGACAGACAUUGAGGACAAUUUUCCCAAUUUAAAUAAGUGCUGUGAGAUAAAGGACCCCUGGAAAUAAUUAAUAUAUGUUCUAUGUUUACUGAAAUAUGUUUUGAUUGCUUUCACUUUCACAAUUUCAAUGUUUUUUAUAUGAAUUAAACGAAAUGGGCUGAUCAUCUUUCAAAUA